CUCCUCACCUCCUUUGCCACUGUAGGUGUUGAAAGGACGAGCAGGCUCUGACUCAGCCAAUCAGCCACACUGAGACGAAGACACGACCUCGCCAGCUCAGCAACCAGACAUGGCUCCGUGGGGUGAUGCUAAACUCUUCCUCUGCAUCCUCUUCAUCACCUGCUGCUGCACAGUGACCCUGGCGCAGAUCCCCUUAGAUUGCUGCUUGACUGUCAAAAACAAAGUGGUGGACAAAAAAGCCAUCGUAGACUACCGCCAACAAGUCCGUGGGAUGGGCUGCGCUAUUGAUGCCACAGUGUUGAUAGGCAGACGUGGCAAGACACUGUGUGUGCCACCUCACGAACCCUGGGUCAAAGACGUGGUGAAGCAUGUGGAUCACCUGAAGAAAGUGUGCAAGAAAAAUAACAAGACGAAUCGCUGCAAUGGAGUGACGUCUUAAUAAACUGGGAACAAGCCUUUAACCCACUUCAGCCACAACAACAACAACAACAAUGGGCUGUUGCAAGGAGGAGACUGAUUGGAGCAAACCAAUAAUAAUUCAACAAAUCAAGAUAAUUACAGGGUUUUAUAUUUAAAAAGCAAUUUCUCUUUUCUACUUCUGUGUUUGAUGAAAUUAAAGAAAAUAAAAACAAUUUGAAGGAUUUAAUAUAUUUUUUUAUAGAGUUUGUAGUUUAGAAGAUUGUUAAAAAAAAUUUAAAUGUGAAUGUGUAGCUCACUGAGCUCACACCUGGUUUAUUGGUUGUAUGAAUUUCUUUGAUUGUUGAGCUUCUUCAGAAUAAAACAUGUUUUUAUUUUCCAAA